UCUUCAGUGCAACGCCAGCCAGCAAAGCGAUCGGUUCAUUUUGUUGAGAGAUCCAGAAUAAAUAAAGAAUCUAGAAAUAUGGACAGCAAACAGCCUCCGCCGUACAGUGAGCAGCCCGGAUUCACGCCCGCACAGACCUAUCAGCCCGGUGGCCCCACCCAGCCACCACUGUACCCACCAAUGCCUCAGCCACCGCAGUCUUCCACGGUGAUCAUUCAGACCACGACGACUACCAACCUGGUGCCCAUCAGCAGUGGACCUACUCGCGUCCGUUGCCCCUCCUGCCACGCCGAAGUCCUGACCACCGUUAAGGCCACUCCCUCCAGCAGGACGCACUGCUGGGCCCUCAUCCUGUGCCUGUUCAUCUGCUGGCCGUGCGUGUGCCUUCCUUAUUGCAUGGACUCCUGCCAGAAUGCCAACCACUACUGUCCCAACUGCAGCGCCUACAUCGGCACCUACGAGAACUAACGCCUAUUUAUGCAUAUCCUACCUAUAGAGAACCUUAAACAUUAGCUUCAUAUUUAAACGAAAUUUAACUGUAAAUACACAUUGUACGACCGUCACACAUUAAACAUGAGAUUUAAACCGGAAAA